AUGGAAGUGGCAAAAGCAGGAGGAGAACAAGCCAAGGCAAAUAAGGCAACAGCAGCAGCGCUACAAGAGUUAGUGGCAGCAGCAGCAGCAAUAACAGACGACCCUGGUCCCGCUGGCCCCCCGCGCCGUCGCCCCCGCCCACACCAGAAAGCAAAAAUGCGCGCAAGGCGCGCCGAAAGGCGCAGAAUGAAGAAGGAGAAGGAGAAGAAAGAGGAGAAGAAGGAGGAGAAGGAGGAAGAGGAGGGGGAGAAGGAGGAAGAGGAGGGGGAGAAGGAGGAAGAGGAGGGGGAGAAGGAGGAGGGGGAGAAGGAGGAGGGGGGAAGAGGGGGGGAAGGCAUUGCCUUUGAGGCCAAAACAGUAGUCGACUCGAGAUAUUGA